AUGCCAGAAAACGAAACGCGAAAAGCUAUAGACGAGGAUUCACAGUUGCAAGGACAAAGUGGACGCGGAGGUGUAUCCAAGUGGGUUGACCUCGUCGUCGCAACUUGGUGCUGUUGUCACGGCGACUUGGUAGAAUGCAUCUAGAGCCGCGAUGUGUGGGGAGAGUGGUGGGGCUUGUGUGAAAGGGCCCAGCGUCGAGGCCGGCUCGAGUCCGACUCGCCGAGACAAUCGGCUCCAGCCGGCAGCGCCACACGGAGGCAGGCGGCGAGCGCAAAACACACAUUCAACACACACACUGCGCUGGGGCGACGUCCUUUUUCCACACACGGUCACAUGAGCCGGCUCCUCGAAACGGAGUCUCGUCCCGACCGGAGCGAACUGUGCUCUCGAACUUGCUCCAGCGGGACUCGAACCCGGCUUGUCGUGGCGCGACCUUCAAAAUAUGCACACGUCAACCAGUACGCCGCAGCUCGGUGUGAAUCACAAUGGCCCCCUUAACAGACGAAGCGAGAUUCUGGCCGGGCGUCAGGUCAAUUCGGCCGACAACGCGCAACGCGCAACGCGAAGGAGGAUGGGCUCAUGGGAGCACUUACGAGACGUACCGGUCGGACGAAUUUGUCCCUCGAGCCUACCGAAAAGUACGCAUUCACAAAGUCACCGGAAGCACUUGGUCCCACCCCUCAGAUUGAUUCGCCCGGUUGCCUGCUUGAAGUACUAAUACACAUACACACACACACAAUUAGUGACAGACAGGCAUACGAACAACACCAUCGACAGGACCGACAUGGCCGAGCAAGCUUGACUCCUCGCAUGAGCGACCAUGCUCGAGAUUCGAGUUUAUGUGUCGCCAAGACGACGCAGAAGAAGGAGGAGGGGGGGAGAGGAGAGGGCAGAGCAGAAUGGCUUUUUCACAUUAUUCUUGUUCCCAGAAAAAAAGAAAGAAAGAAAGAACGAUAG